GAAUGGGCGAACGACGAAUUGACGUAAAUAGAAGUAACAAAAGUGUUGUGGACUCAGAAUUUGAUUCAAUGCGCGAUCGUUUUGAGAAUGAAAUGCGUCGUGUUGAUGAAGAAAUGCAGCGUUUACGUCAAGAAUUUGAUGGUUAUCGCCCAGCAGGGUCGCGCACUUCUCCACUUCCACAACAACGUCUAGGCAGUACUUACAGCACUUCUUCACCAGCCACCGGUGGCACUCUUCUCUCGUCUCGUCCAAUUUAUGAUCCUUACUUCGAUAAUUUGAAAAGUCCUCUUAUUAGAGAUGAAAGUGAUGGAAAAUCUUUGAGACUUCGUUUUGACGUUUCUCAAUACAAACCAGAAGAAGUCACUGUCAAAACUGUGGAUAAUCGUUUGUUGGUUUAUGCUAAACAUGAGGAAAAGAGUCCAAGCCGAACAGUUUAUCGUGAAUAUAAUCAAGAAUUUAUGCUUCCGCGCGGCACUAAUCCAGAAAUGAUAAGCUCUACACUUAGCACUGAUGGAAUUUUGACUGUUGAGGCUCCUUUGCCACAAUUGGCUAUUAAAUAG